CGUCCCAUUCACGCUUUUCGAACAAUGAGUACGAUCCGCUCGAAGGCCUCCCAUGAGGAGCGCACAGCUUCUGAGCCACGUGAUCCGAAUCUGCAUAGAGUGCGGAUUGAUCGUAUCAAGGACGUCAAUAGUACCACUAAACUGAUCAAGCUAUCUCUCAAGGAAAAUAAACAGAAUAUGUUCCUUCCUGGUCAGUGGCUGGAUGUAUUCGUUCCUGGUACCCCCAAAGCCGGUGGCUUUACAAUUACGAGUGAGCCAGCUCGCACGUCUCCAAAACCACCUCAAACUGGUUUCCUCGAACUUGCCAUCCAGAAGAGCCCAAACAACCCGCCCGCUGCAUGGCUGUGGCGCCCAGUAGAUGAAACCAGAGGAACCGAACUCAAUGUUCGCGUUGGGGGAAGUUUCGUUUGGCCACCGUCGAAUGUGCCCCUGGAGGAUAUUGACAGAGCGAUAUUCAUCGCUGGUGGUGCUUCUGCGGGCGAACGCAUUCUCUUCCUCGACCGCCUCAUCUCUGCCACGCUGUCGCCUGCUCAAAGCAUGCUUGUCGAUCACGUGCCAAGCGAGUUCCGACUCAAGCUCUUCCUCACCGGUCAGACGAGUAACGUUGAACAACUCAACGACGGCGACAGCAAGCCUUUGCGUCAGCAGAUGGAACGCGAGGCUGUGGACGUGGCUUUUCGCCGCCUGACUGUGAAUGAUGCAUUGGACGUGCUUGGGCCGGAGCAGAACAGAGCGAAAACAGUGUGCUAUGUCUGCGGACCACCAGCAAUGACGGAUGAGUACGUGAAGGUGUUGCGGGAGCAGAAGGGUAUGGACGAGGGAAGAGUCAUGUGCGAGAAGUGGUGGUAGGACCUACUGCGGACACGAUCCGCGCGUCUGUCGUCACGAUGGAACACGUAAGCCACGGAACGUGGAAAGGUCGGUUUGCAGCGGUGGGUCCAGAAUCCAGGUACGAUGCUCACGCGGAGCGGCAAAAUAGAGAGCAGGUAUCGCCGUUGAGGAUCGGGCAAUUUAGAUGCAGGAGAGGAGGUGUCCACCGGGGCCAUGUAUAAGCGCUAUUGGACCCGCAUAACUUGUCGCCUCGAGUGCUUCCUUGAAGGAAAAGCAAAUGUGGCAGAUGCGGCGACGCGCGCAAAGACCGAGGAUAGGGGAAGAGGGUAGGUAAG